AUCUGCUUGUCAAAAGGCAGAUGAAAAAAAAACUAGUCAGAUUUUUUUUAGAAUAAUUUUCACACAAGAAAAUUAUGUUUGUAAUUUUCAAGCGAAAUUAAGCAAGAGACAAUUAUUGGAAAAAGUAUAAUUAUUAAUAAAAAUAAUGCAGUUUAAUAAUUCCAAAAGAUACAAUAACUAAAAGUAAACAUCAUAAAAAACACAAAAGGAAGCUAAAAACUACAAAAAUAACUUGAAAAGUAACAACUUUAGCAAGGAAACAUGGCAGAUACUGCGGAAAGUGAAGUAGUGGAUUCUUCCAACAAUGAAAUAUCUAUAAACAACCAACAAAAUUCAACGGAUACGGCACAACCUCCCAGAGAACAGGCUGCCGCCUCUACUUCACAACAAUCAACCGGCUCAAAUGCAGCACCUCCCGCAGCUGCUCCUUUACAACCGCAACAGCCAGCUGAGCCGUCUUUACCACCACGACAGCCGGCUGCUGUUCAAAUCGAUGUUAAUCAAAUGGCCAAUGUUAUCAGUGUCAGUUAUUUGGCUGCCAAUGGUAUAAAUAAUCAACGUAAUCGUGGUCCUGGUGUAGCCGGUGUUAAUAUUGGUGUUGGAGCUCCGGGUCAGAACAACAUUAUGAAUAUGCGUAAUCGUCUGUUUCAUGCCAUUUACUUUAAAGUUGCCUUAAUUUAUGCCCAAAUGUUUCCCAAACCUUUCCAACGUACUUUGGAGUAUUUUUUCUUAAUUAAGGCCUUGCUGUUCUUUUCGGCUUUAGUUUAUAUACACAUGUCAUUUAUUAAAAAUCCAGCUACAUGUUUGGAACAUGUACAAGAUUGGCCACGAGAUGGUGUUUUAAGAGUUGAAGUUAUUCCUAAUCUUGAUAAACGAUUGGAAAUCUAUGAAAAAAAUCAAGCACACGAAAAUUUUAUGCGUAAACUUCAAUACGACUAUUUCUAUGGUAUUGGACCGAAAACUAAAAAUCAAUUGUAUCAUCAUAAAUAUGCCACAAAUGAGACUUAUACUUACUAUUUGCAACACGAGUCUACUUAUGCCGAUUACUUAAAAUAUAAACAAUUAAAUGCAGAAUAUAAUGAAAAUAAUGAUAAUGAUGAUGAUGAACAGUAUAUAGUGGAAUAUUCUUUGGAAUAUGGUCAUUUACGUUUAUCGCCUGCUACACGUAAACGUUUGCAAAUUCCAGUGCGUGUAGUGCUGGAUCCUUUAAAUAAUAAAUGUUUUGGUGAUAAAUUUAGUAAAUUUCUAUUAAAAGAAUUGUUAGGCUAUGAUGAUUUAUUAAUGGCCUCAGUACGUGUUAUAGCGGAACAAGAAGAAAAUAAAGGUUAUUUGCGUAAUGUUAUAACCGGUGAACAUUAUCGUUUUGUUUCAACCUGGUGGACUGCAUGGAGUUCAUAUCCCACAGCAUUUUUUGUAAUGUUAUUAUUUACCUUUUCAAUUUCGAUGUUAUUAAGAUUUUCCCAUCAUCAAAUAUUUGUUUUUAUAGUGGAUCUUUUGCAAAUGUUGGAAUUUAAUGUUACCGCUCGUUUCCCCAUAGCUCCUUUGUUAAUUGUCAUUUUAGCUUUAGUGGGUAUGGAAGCUAUAAUGUCGGAAUUUUUCAAUGAUACAACCACAGCAUUUUACAUAAUAUUAAUUGUAUGGGUGGCCGAUCAAUAUGAUGCCAUUUGUUGUCAUACCAGUAUUACGAAACGUCAUUGGUUAAGAUUCUUCUAUUUGUAUCAUUUUGCAUUUUAUGCCUAUCACUAUCGUUUCAGUGGUCAAAAUCGUAGUUUGGCCUUGGUUUCGUCAUGGCUGUUUAUACAGCAUUCAAUGUUGUACUUUUUCCAUCAUUACGAGUUGCCUGUAAUUAUGCAACAAGCCCAAGUACUCAUAUUAACACGUAAUCAAAAUGGUGGCGGCAAUGGCCCAGGUGGUGCAAACAUUGUUGCCGGCAUAAUCCAGCAACAACAACAGCAGCCGCAACAACAAGGCCAAGCGAAUAGAAAUGGUGUUGGAGAUGCUGGUCAACAACAACCAGGUACAUUUGUGGCAAAUCGUAUAUUCCGCUUAGUACCCUUACAACAACAGCAACAACAACAGGGCGGUGCUGCUGGUCAGCAAGGAGGAGGAGGACUGCAGCAGAAUGCUGCACAGGUUGAUGGUUUACAAAUGCAACCACAACAAUUGCCAUUUGUUGGUGGUUUAUUACAACACUAUGCUGGACAAAAUGUUGGCGGUGCAUUGGGUAUGAUAAGACGUGCCUUAUUUGCCAGAGGUUGGCGUCAACCCAUACGUGUACGCAUACAAACAGCUGGUAAUUUACAGCGUAUUAAUUUGGGUUCCAUACAAAUAAAUCCCGAAAAUUUGGCACGUGUUUCACCAACCCCAACACCUACUACAGCUACAACUACAGCGGCAACAGGUGCAGUCAACACCACUAAUACUGAAAGUACUAGAGAAUCGGUUACAACAACAACAACUACUACUAGUUCAACAAAUGCCACUAUGGCUGGUUUAGAUAGUUCAACAGCAUCCGUCUCGGGCAUUAUUUUAAAUUCAUCAGAUGUCGAAACAAAUCAGAGGGAUGAGUAUCAAAAUCCAACUUCCGCUACAACAACAAUAACACAAAAAGAAGAAGCAGCAGUAGCACUGACUGUUAAAGAAACGGAAACACUUGAAAACACUCAAACGGAAAAUAACAAGGGUAUUCAACAGGAGCCGCAGCAACAACAACAACAACAAACAAUUCAUAAUGAUACUAUGAAGUAUAAACAGGCUGCUCUUGACUCACAGGAGCAGGAGCCAGCUGCUGUAGGCAAACAUAAUGAUAAUCUAGUGGGUGUUAAUUGGCCCUUAAAAACCAUGGAAACUUUAAAAAAUAAUGGUGUUGAAACGAAUUUUGUUAAUACACAUAAUAAUACUAACAAACUUAAAGACAAUGAUAAAGACAUUGUAAAUAAGCUGAAGGAGCAGCAGGAGCAGGUAUUAAAUAUUAAAGCUGAAAAUGAGCAACAACAACAACUACAUACAACAACAUGUAGCAGAAAAUUUAUGGACAAAGAUUUAAAUUGUCUGGAAAAAGAAAAGACAAUUGCAAGUAAUGAUGAAAAUAUCAAAGAAAAUACGGCAAAUGCAACGAAUAAUGCAAAAAUUGCCGAAGACGAAGGUGGAGUAGAGGGGUUAGCAGUAGUAAAAGCCAUUGACCACAAUAUGCGGCCAGCAGAAGGAGUAGAAUCAACAAAUUCAACGACUAUAGAAAAAGAAACAAUACAAAUUGAUAUGAAACCAGAAAUGAUUGAUGAAGAAACAAUAAACAAACCAACAGCCACAGCAUUAUCAUCAACAACAACAGUAGCAGCAGCAGCAGAAGUAGAAAGAACACAGCCAGCAGCAACAGCAACAUUAUUGCGGAACGUUAACGCUGUCGCAGCUGCUAACACCAUAGAUGGAGUUAAUCAUACAAAUAGCAGCUGUGGCAGCAUCAGCAGUAGCAACAUUAGCUCUAGCAACCAUAGUAGUCAAAUAACAAGAAGUCUGAAUAUGGAAAUUAGUAGUGUUGAACAAUCUACUAUUACUUCUGCAACAACGUUACCAAACAUCACCCCGGACAACCAUAAUCAGUCACAGAAUUUAACGGCAAAUGCAUCAUCAACAUCAUCCUCAACAUCAAUAACAAAUAUGAUGACUUCUGAUGACCAGUCCUCCUCUACCAACACAUAAGUCGUAUGUGUUUUUAUAUUUGCCCUGUUGGUCUCUUUCCUACCCCCCUCCGCUCCCCUCAAAAUUGUGUAAUAAUUUUUAGUUGUUUUUAUUUUUAAACCAUAUUUGUGUAUGUGUAUGCUACUGGAACCGAUUCUAUUACAUACGAUCUCCUUCUACCUAUAAAACUAUUCUAAAAGCCAGCAUACUUAAAGCCGACCUACACUACAUAACGUUACCCUUCGUUGAUAACCCUAAUGCUGUCUCCUAAACCCGUUUUUUUAUUUCAGAAUAUUUUGGUAAUAAAGAAAAAAUCUAAAAAUAUUAAAACACAGUGUUACGCAAAAAAAGAAAAAACAAUAUAUAUAUAUAAAUCUGAAAUGUAUGUAUAGUGAAUAUUUAAAUAUAAAAUAUUUGUUUUAUUUUUCUGCUUUU